GUCUCUUAAGAAGCAAGGGGGGGCUAGGAGAGAGAGAGGAGGAAAAAAUUUAGCCACUUCUUUCCCCCCUUCCUCCUAAAAUAGAGAGCAAAGCUUGCAUCCAUGAGCAGGCGGCAGUGGUACUCCACACAGAGAUGCCAAUUCCAUGUCAGUGAGUUUGCAUCCUCCUUCCUGGUCCCAGCCCUGGAGUGAGCGCAGCCUUGCUGAGGAUUCCUUGCCUCCCGCUGGAUUGGGACUUUUCCUCUCUUUUCUGCCUGUGCUCAGCACCUUCUACUGUUUCCAAUGCUUGGGUUUGAUUGAUCAGCACUUCUUGUGUGGCUGCAGCUUCCCCACUGACUGUCCUGAGCACUCCCAGGAUUAUAGCUAGCCUGCAUUGUCAGCUUCCCUGGCCACCAUGGAUGUUUUGGCUAGUUAUAGCAUAUUCCAGGAGCUGCAGAUUGUGCACGACACGGGCUACUUCUCAGCAAUGCCAUCUUUGGAGGAGAAUUGGCAGCAGACCUGUCUGGAGUUGGAACGGUAUUUGCAGACAGAACCACGGAAGAUGUCAGAGACAUUUGGAGAAGAUUUUGACUCUUUCUUGAACAGCUCCAUUUCUCAAGGUACAGAUGGAUGUGGCCGUAAGCUGGACCCCAUUGUAAUUCCUGUGGACAUCAGUACGUAUGAGAAGCGCCCUAGUAUGGACCUGCUACUUUCCCAAGACAAACUGCUGUCAGAAUCAUGUGUCAGCUUACAGCCUGCCAGUUCCUCUACAGAGUGUUAUACAUCUGUAAAUCAGGCACAGCUUAACGCAGUGACAUCACUAACGCCGCCAUCUUCUCCGGAACUCAGUCGGCAUCUGGUGAAAACACCACAGUCUCUGUCUGCUUUGGAUGGAACCGUCACAUUAAAACUGGUUGCAAAAAAAGCCUCUGUUAGCUCUGGAAAGGCAGCAGAAUCCUCAUCAUCUGCCAUAACAUCAAAGUGCAGCCUAAGUGACAGUGAGCAGGCUGGGAACGCGGGCGAAGCCUCACCUGAAAACAAGAAAAGAGUUCAUAGGUGUCAGUUUAAUGGUUGCAGAAAGGUCUACACAAAGAGCUCACAUUUGAAGGCCCACCAGAGAACGCAUACAGGUGAAAAGCCAUAUAAGUGCUCCUGGGAAGGAUGUGACUGGCGUUUUGCUCGGAGUGAUGAACUUACAAGGCACUACAGGAAACACACAGGGGCAAAGCCAUUUAAAUGCAACCACUGUGACAGGUGCUUUUCCAGGUCUGACCACCUUGCCCUGCAUAUGAAGAGGCAUAUCUAAGGACAUUUUGCAGCAGUAAUGGCUCUUCUACUUUGGGAGGACCAAGGGUAGCAGUGGACACGUCAUUUUGUCUGUGGAAUUGCAGAACAUACAGAACAUUUUUACAUGUAAAACCCUGUACACAAAAAUCCAUAUCAAUUCUUCAUGCACCAUCACAUGCCCCAACAUAUUUGUCUGUCUGUUAUGCCUUACCCUCCAGCCUGACUGAAAGUCUUGCACAGUGGUGGAGAGUUAGAUGAUUGGGAAACAACUGCAUACAAAGUGUUUUGAAGCCUCACUGUGGAAAUGAACAGCAGGAGAACAGUAAUCUUAAGGGCCUCUGAUGAACUCUCCUUACUGAAAGUCAGAAGCUGCUAAGAAGCCACCUACGAGUUGUAUUGUUGUAGCACUAAUAUAAUUUUUCUUAUAAUAUGUAAUUUAAGAAAAAAAAUAUGGAUUUCGAUCUAGGAAACCAAAUCCGAGCCUUUUGGUUCAUAUCUGAAGACUCCUGAUAAGGAAGAGUUCAAGACCUACUUGGAUCCUAUCAAGUGUUCUACACUGGUUGGCCUCAUUAGAGAGCUUUUAAAACCAUUUAGCUCAAUGCCAUAGGCCUUGCUGGUAUUGGACUGGUGGGGAUAGAACAACUAAACCAUUUAUGCGAUUCUUAGAUGUAUUUUCAGAAGGACAUAUGGAUGGAGGAGCACUCAUUCCCAACUAAUUUAUUUUUUACUUUUGUUGGCUGUAGCACAUCUUAUGCACUAGAAACUUACAUAAGCCACUGAUGUUGACUAAAUAUGGAGCUUAUCUGUUGCAUUCAAGCACCCACCACCAUUGUGUGCACUUCCAAAGGUUACAAAACCUUUCAUUAUUAAUUUUUCAAUUGAGUUUUCCACAGGUUUUUUUUUUGCAGAAGCUUUUUCAUAAGCUUUUAGUAAAUGCGCUAUAUGGACAUAUAUCUUGGGAAACUAUUGAAUCUCCAUCUGGACAGUUUUUGCUUGAAUUGGACCAGCGACCUAGACUUGGCUCCUAUCAUCUAAUGAGCGGCAAGCCUUCUCUUUUGAACUUUCCAAACUUUGUGCUUGAUCAUUGACUUCUCCUAACAAUAUAACUAGUUAGAAACUUGAUGUUAUUUCCAGAGCAGCUGCAUUUUGUACUUAAUAUUACCUUUUGAGUGUCAACAACAAAAAGCCAAAUAUAUUAAAUCAUACAACAUUGGGUAAUGAAGGACACUUUAAGCAAGUUAAUUUUGCCCUACUGACUCAUAAAGCAGAUACUUUCUUGUUUACAGAGGUCAUUGACUGGACACUCAACUAUAAUUUUUGUGUGUCAAAAGGGUAAACAUUGAUAGCAUUAAGCCAGGGUAUUGGUAAUUUUUCCACAGGGUUGUUUCAGAUAUUGCAGAGUACAGAUCUUUUAUGACUGUUUCUUGGUAAAAUAAUAAACUAAACUUUUCCCAUUAGUGCAUAGUCAACAGAGUAUAUAUGUACAUACUACUCAAGUCAGUUGCCACUGGUCUUUGCUCCAAAGACUACCAAUCAGACCAUAUCUAGUGGUCAAUUCAAGUACCGUAGGUGUGGGUUGUAUAUUUUGUAUAUUCUGGGACCACCCCUAAGCAGCUAGUAAAAUUGCACAUUUGGUCCCGAUUUGUCCACAUAAACGCAGCUCUUUUACCCCCCAGCCGGCUGGCAUCUUUUUAACUUGUUUUGACUCCUUGACUGUUAAGCAAAAAAAAAAAGUAAAAAAAAAAUCAAAAGCAAAAUGUGUUAUAAUUUUUUUUUAAAUAAUAGAAAAAGACCUUAAAAAUCUGAAUCUUAAAACUGAAAGGAAUAGAUUAAUAAAUAGAUUAAUCUAUAAUGACACUUAAGGCUUGAGCCUAAAGAUGCCAGUGAGUCAAAUAUUUCCGUUGAUCAACACCUUUGGUUUCUAAAUGAUUUUUAAACUUCUCUGAACAAUGAGAUUUGGACCCUGCAUAAAAAUUCCCUUAACCCUCAAAUACUUAUGAAUUUUCAUUAUUGCAUUGAUUUUAGUAAAGGAGUAAGAUAUUUAUUAUGACCUGAGACAAAAACAUAAGAUUAUAGGUGUUCCUAAGAAUCUGAUGGAGCAAGAAGGAGUAAAAAAAGGUUUGAUUCCAAAGAUUUAAAAAUCGAAAUGUACUUAACUAUACCUGAAGCACUGCUUGUUGACAAUCCUUGUAGUCCUCUGCUUCUGCAUACUAGAUAUACAUAUUUUAUUGUGGCCAUUCUGAUGGAUUUUUAAUGUUGUGGUAAAACCAAGGAACCAUUGACACACACAGUGUAACAUAAAAUAUGACCUUAUUACUGCAUAGCGCAUUUCAGGAGGCACCGUCAUUGUACAUAUUUCUAACACAGAUGGUUGACUGAGGAACAUGUAAAGUAGAGGAAAUAACUUCCCACCAGCUCAACAUACCUUUGGGUAUGCACAUUUUUGGAAUGUGGAAAAUAACUUAUCUUUUAAUGCCAUUACUGCAACUUGUAUGUGGGGGUCUGUUUCAUGCUCUUUUUUAGGGUAAGAUUAUACAGAUCAGUAUUGACCCCAAUGUUUGUGUGUUAGGUUUUAUCAAAUCCUUGAGAUUUCUUUGUUCAAUCUUAAGGCUAACCAACUAUAUUUACUAAGAGAAUUGACAUCUGAGUAAGUAGUAAUGUUAGUUGCAGUUGAAAACCUGAUGAUGCACAAAUUUGAUGCUAUUCUAUGCUCUAUUUGGUCUUAUGGAGUUCACCAUCUAGAAUUUCACUGUGUUUGGACAGCUAUGAAUGUUAUUUUGCCAUAUAAGUUUGACAUUUUUAACCUAUAGUUCAAAGUUUCAGGUUAGUGUAGUAAUUCUGAAUAUCGUUUGUAAAGUUUAACUGCAAAAGUAUUGCUGCAUGCAAAACACAUAAGUAACGCAAAUCUAUUGUUAAAGAAGACCACCUUUGGCCAAGAAGGGAUGUUUGGAUUUUCAUCUUUUAUGUAGUUAUUGUCCUUUUUUUGCCAGAAAGAUUGCCUUUCUUGUCCAUGGUUUGUACUAGUAUGGCAUCUUGUUCUUGUGAAUUGGGAAUAACUGCAAUACUAGACACAACUCAUUGUUUUUGUUAAAACAGACAUUUCAACCGAGGCAACUCUUUUUACGUUCCUUGUUAAUUAUACAAUGUAGCAGAAAUUCUCUGUUUAUAUUUAUAUCACUUAAGAGUCUAUUGACACUGUAUGUGCAGUGUACAUUGGAGGUAUACAUUGGAAGGAUUUCCCAAUAUAUACCUCAGACGAAUGUCAGGCAUAUGUGUCGGUAUAGCCAGACAGUGGUAUAAUGUACAUCGCCAAUAGACACCCAUGUUAUGCAUACAUCCUUUUUGUGGGAUGCCUAUAUAUGCAAUAGUGCAAUAAACUGCUCUAUUCCAUACUGCUGAAGAAAUAUAUACUGACCUAUACCAGCUGACAAAGGUAGCGUCUGUUGGGCAAGUGGGGACCUAUGGAUACAUUUGAUACGUGCCAGGAAAGCCCCUGUCACAUAUAUUCUGCAAACACAGUGUGAAAUCAGCUUCUUAGUGACACCUUCUUUAUUACUAUCUAUUAUUACUUUAUUAUUACUGGUUAUAAGACAAUCAAGGACUUAAAGAGAACAGGGGAAAGCAUGACGUUGAGGAGGAAAGUGCCAGCCUCCUUGAUUUGGAACAGCUAAUUUGCAGACAAUGGGAACAAGGAUUAAAGUUGAUUUUCUGCAGAUUUACAAGACAGAAAAAGGGAACAAAAGUCACUUCUGGGGCACCAUGAUGUGGAUAGUAUGUACUGUAUGACAUACAUCUCCAUGAUUUAUUACAGCUGCUUGUACCCUAUGCAGCUAUAUGUGUGUUUGGAGGGGGAUCUAUUAUUAGUGGUAUAGAUGAGUGUUGGACCUGUUUUCCUACAGCUAUACAUAUUUCUGGAUUUAUAGCUGUAGGGUAUAGGUAAAAGAAAACCCAAAAUUUAUUCAAUUGACUAUUGGGAGACAUAUCAUGAAAUUAGGGUAAAACUGAAUAAGAAAAUUUGAAGAUCCUUAGUAAUUAGAGAUGAUUUUAGCUAUUACCUGAAAUGUGUUUUCCCUGUUAUCUUGGUUAGAUGUUCUGAGGUAGACCAUCCAUAACGAAAGUCUCCGUUUUUGAUUUACAAUAAUUUUAUGGACAGUUCUGUCAUGUCAUAAUGGGACACCAUCUGUGAGCUAUAUUAAAAAUGACUAUGUCAGUACAUCAAGGCCUUUUUGACUAUGCCUAGUGUAUGCUGUGUUGGGCAUCAUGACUUACUUUAUAGCUAGAGUGAAAUGAAUUUGAACAAAAUGAUUGGUUCAUUAUGGCGUAGUUCAAACACCUCAAUAUCAUCUUUAAUAUUUAUUAUGUGUUUUCUUGGCUGCUUUAUGGAUAUGUGCAGCAGAUUGCAAAAAGCAUCCUUUCUAGAAUGUGAAAUAGCAUCCAUGGGAAAUGUUUCAUGACGCGUGGGAUAGCUGAUGCUCUUCUCAUCGGUGUAGCUUUUUAUAAACACUAUUUUCUUAUACAUUUCAAUCUAUGUUCUUUAUGUGGACCCCAGAAUGAUUAGAAUGCUCCCAUUAAUUUAGAUGCCAUAAUAAUUUCAAUUUGAAGAAUACUUAUUGAAUUUAUUGCAGAAGUAGUGACUAUUUAUGGCAGGGGACUGAAAUCUAAAGUAUUUCUUCUAUUGCAAUCUGCAAGAUUUAUGUAUAUAGGCGUUAAUAUUGUUUGAUGCAUUUCAUGUCUAUACUAAUGUAGAGAAUUAAAGGGCGUCUGUCAGCAGAUUUGUACCUAUGACACUGGCUGACCUGUUACAUGUGCACUUGGCAUCUGAAGGUAUCUGUGUUGGUCCCAUGUUCAUAUGUGUCCGCA